CUGCGUUGCGUUGGCAGGCUGCUCAAUCGCAAAACGAGAGAACGUUCACUAUCAUCCCUGACUUGACUGAACUGAGUGAUUGCCACAAAGUCCAACAGAUCGGGCCAUCUAUCAGUUGAGAACGGGCGUCCAAAUAGCUCCGUAUUUUAUUCAUUCAUAGCCAUCGAUUGAUUCCACCUACAUUGCUCUGUAGCUACGUACAAAAUGGCCAAACAAUUCUCAUUGGCUGAGGUGUCCGAACAUAAGAAUCUAAAAGGGGACGGGAAAUCCAUCUGGAUCGUGCUCCACGACAAAGUUUACGAUGUCACCAAAUUUCUGGAUGAGCAUCCUGGAGGAGAAGAGGUGUUGAUUGAGAACGCUGGUCAGAUUUCCACCGAGGCCUUUGAGGAUGUGGGACAUUCCACGGAUGCACGGGAGAUGCUCAAAAAUUACAUGAUUGGUGAACUGCAAGAGUCGGAUCGGAAAGGUGAAGCGGACAAGGGACCUCGUGUGUGGAGUUCGGGCGACUCCUCGUCGGAUGAUAGUUCUUGGACUUCGUAUUUGCUUCCCGUGGGCUUGGCCUUGGCGGCAGCCUUCAUUUACCGGCUGUAUUUCAAUUAGAGGCCCUUGGAGCGCCAGCAUCAUACAAUCCAAUCGUACCACAUAUCUUUCUUUUGAGGUGAAGAAAUAUUUUAUCGACUAUCGUCA